GAUCAAGUUAGAUUUUCUAAGGACGCACGUUGAUAAGAUCUUGUAUUUGUCGAUUGUCCGAGAAUUUGUCCGUGAUACGUCAAAACAUACGUCGCCACGAUUUUCGGUGGAUGUUCGCCGCCCGCCAUUCUAGCCUCGUAAUAUUUCGCCUAUGACGUCAUUUGUGAAUUACACAAGCGUCACCGCUCAGUCUAUUGUGGAAAAUUUCGUCGGAUCCAUGGCAGCCCCGAGCGAGCUCUGUUUUUCCUAAUAAAAAAAAACUGUAUCGACGGAUUUGAGAGCGUAGUGUUGUCAACACUGACGGAUCAUCAUUGACAGUGUUUUAUCCCCAAGAGGACCUCAUCUGUACAAAGUAUAGUUCCAGUUUUCUGUAGCAACUUGGCAACUCGUUAAAAUGUCGAUGCAGCAAUUUUGCUUGCGGUGGAACAAUCAUCAACCGAAUUUCAUUUCGGUGUUCUCAAAUUUGUUAAACAAUGAGACUCUAGUAGAUGUAACAUUGGCUGCCGAAGGUAGGCACCUUCAGGCGCAUAAAGUUGUACUCUCUGCAUGCAGUACAUACUUUCAAUCACUGUUCACCGUGAAUCCAUGUCAACAUCCGAUUGUCAUACUAAAGGAUGUUAAAUUCUCUGAUCUGAAGAUCAUGGUUGACUUUAUGUACUAUGGCGAAGUAAACAUAUCACAGGACCAGUUGCCAUCAAUUAUAAAGACUGCAGAGAGUUUAAAGAUAAAAGGACUCGCGGAAAUGCAUACCGCAUCCCUGACCAAGUGGCCGAGCAGUAGUAGCGAACCUGGAGGAGGGGACCGCGGUGAAUCUUGUUCACCCAGUCCGUCCCCGUUGUCGCCGUCGUUUCGUAGAAAAAGAUUAAGGAAAUCGUCUACAGGUUCGACAUCCGGAUCUGGUGAUAAACCAGAAGAAAUCAAUGAAAUCACCUUAGUUGCUACCAAUAUUGUAAAACCAGAACCAUUAAUAGUGUCGCAAGAAACUGGCGAAAAUCUUAGGAGGCCCGUGAAUACCAAUACAGAAUCUCAGGGGAGCAUAGACGAAGAUCAAAUAUCAAUUAUGAGCAACAUGGAAAACAGUUCGGCUACAACACCAGCGCAGAGCGACGGUUCGAUACAAGACGUGAGUCAACAAUCAGGUGGCAAUGUGGUGCAGAGUUCAGUUUCUUCGCAACCACCUGCGCAUCAAGGAUUGCAAUGGACUAUUAUGGAGCACACAUAUCCACGUUUCGCUCUGUCCUCGUGUCAAACGAAUCUGUCGAUCCAAGCGUCAUCAGCUUUUACCACGCCCGAAAUAACAGCUUCCUCGACCAUCAGCGAUCAGUACUCUGGUACCAGCACAACUGGUUCCAGUUGCGCCCUGACGAAUUACCCGAACUCCUCCCACGGAACAUUGCAGCACGCAUCAUCGAGCGGACCAUCGCCGUCGACGCAGUGUCCCAGUAACUGCCAGAGUCCUUGCGCCAGUCCGCAAACCGCGAUUAAAAGGAAACGUUCGACGAAUCCUCAGGCAGACGAAAACUUUAUCAGAGCGCUGGACGCCGUACGUUACGGCGGCAUCGGGUUCUGUAAAGCGGCCAGAAUGUUCGGUGUGAACAAUCGAACGCUCUGGCUAGAAUACAAGAAGCGAGGCUAUCCGAACAACCGUCCCAGCCUGAAGUCGAGGGUCAAGCAAGAAGUGAAUUCCUCGCCGCCGCCUGCGCCGUCUGCUCAGCCCGUUAACUCACAAAGUCCCACCCCGAUGGGACCACCCACCACUCCGCACAGUGCACACAAUACCCACAGCACGCACACCAUGUUGACCACCCACAGCCCGCACACGAUGCUGAGUAAUUACAUAGACAGCAGGCACACGGACUACGCGUUGCCCAGCACCACGAUGCCCAUCAAUUUGCAUGGCGUUAAUUACAACGCGAUGUGAACCGGCCACGACGCGCCGACCGUCGUUACUUGUAUAGACGAGCUUGAGAAGUAUUAGAUUCUACGGAGAUAGAAAAUUCGUCGGCGAUAGUCUAUGAUAACGAGAAGAACAAAGUGGAGGGAGGGAUCGUAAAGUGUGAAACGCAGCGAAACACAGUUUUUUAGAUAUCUUUUUGCCUAGUUCGUACAUACCGAUAAGCAGACCCUGGCACAGCCGAGAUCGGGAUCCAAAUUUACACGAGAAAGAUAAUUAAGGAAUUUGUAUGCUCUUAUAGUCAUGACGCGAUCGAACAAUAUUAAGUAAUAUUUUUUACACGAAGAGCAAUAAUCGCCACGUUUCGUCCUCGCUGUUUGUAACUCGUAGCCAAGGGUUACCUAGAAGUUUCCGCCUUGAGGAGGCAUGUACGCUUAGUAGAACCAAAGACAGGCCGAUGUUCCUAAUUUGUUUAUGGCUAAACAAUUAAAUUUAAGUAACAUGCAACGCCGCCUAUUUUUUUAGCGCGUUAUUCAGGUGUCUACUAUUAAAAAAAAAAUGCACCAGGUGUUGAGAUUUUAUUUGAAUUAGAGAUUAUUCAAACGUUUCAUAAAUCAUACCGGUGCAUUCGACAGAUUUACGACGAAACGGAGUAUUAUUGCUCUUUGUAGCAAAAAAUGUUACUUGUUACUCAACAUUUUCUUUUAAGAUACAUUGAAGGUUUCAAAAUGGCGCGAGGGCCUUCAAGAGGCUCUGCCUAUAUGAAGCUGGGGAUAACGUAGAUCUCGAUUAAAGAGAUAAUCAUCAGUACAUACUACAGAGAUUUUUUUAUAAUAGAGUACACGCGCGUAACCGAAGAUGUCGCGUACCAAUGCUUAGAACUCGUCGGCAAGACGUUCUUAACGACGAUCGGUAAAUUCAAUUUUUUACAAUUUUUUUACGCGAAAGAAAAUUAGUUCAUACUCUUUUAUUUUUUUAUUUUAUCAAAGGUGGAAAUUGUACAUUGACAGAUGGUUUUAUCUUUAUCCACAAUUUAGAUACUUAUUUACGAAUAAUUAGCUAACAAGGAAUCAAAACGAGUCAAAUAAAUAAGUCAAUGAGUUCUAAUUGCACAUCGACGUA